UCUCAUCCUCAAAAAGAAGGAAAAAAAAAUUUCAAACCUCGCUCUCUCAGCCGAAUAUCCUGGUAUCCACACGAAUAAACCUUAUUGUUAAUAUUGUUAUUUUAUUACUGAUUAAAUAAUAUACAUAAAAUUUUCUCGGGAAAAUUUUUUCAUUUUCCAUGAAAGUUCUUAUCCUCCAAGCUCGCUACCUGUCCCUUUCAGUUUCUUUAUAUAACAAAGCCGGCCCUUCACUCUCAGCCCCAAAUGCUAUCUCACCUAGCUUUCUUUCUCUCACAAGUCUCCCAAGAUUGAAACAGAACACAAUGGCCGCUUGUAUUGGAGCCUCAAGAACUACCCUAACCGAAACCAACCCACUUUCCUGCGACCCAAACAAGUCCCAAAUCGAAGACCAAACUUACAAUUACGUGAAAUUUUGCCGACCCAGUUGCGCUGAUCGUGUUUCCUAUGUACCCUUUUGCCCAGACAGGUCAAAGACCAUGGACGAGGUUGAUCUAUGGCGGAAAAUGCAAGAGGAAGCUAGGUACGAUGUGGAGCAAGAACCGGUAUUGUCAAACUACUAUUACAAUUCUAUUUUGUCACAGGGUUCAUUGGAAAGGGCGUUGGCCAAUCAUCUUUCAAUGAAAUUAAGCAAUUCUAGUCUUCCUAGUGGUACUUUAUUUGAUGUUUUCCAAGGUGUUGUUGUAGAGGGUAAAGAAAUUAUGAUGGCUGUGAUGGAUGACCUUAGAGCUGUGAAAGAGAGAGACCCAGCUUGUGUGAGCUAUGUGCAUUGUUUCUUGAACUUUAAAGGGUUUCUCGCUUGUCAGGCGCAUAGGGUGGCACAUAAGUUGUGGUCACAAGGUAGAAAGGUGUUGGCUUUGUUGAUUCAGAAUAGGGUGUCUGAGGUUUUUGCGGUGGAUAUUCAUCCAGGUGCAAAGAUUGGACGUGGGAUAUUGUUUGAUCAUGCAACUGGUGUUGUGAUUGGUGAGACUGCUGUGAUAGGGAACGAUGUGUCAAUCUUGCAUAAUGUGACAUUAGGAGGGACUGGGAAGGCGUGUGGGGAUAGGCACCCAAAGAUUGGAGAUGGGGUGUUGAUAGGUGCAGGGACUUGUAUUUUGGGGAAUAUUAGGAUUGGGGAUGGGGCUAAGAUUGGAGCUGGGUCUGUUGUGGUAAAGGAUGUGCCAGCAAGGACAACAGCAGUUGGGAACCCAGCUAGGUUGAUUGGAGGGAAAGACAACCCAAUUAAGCUUGAUAAGAUUCCUAGUUUGACCAUGGAUCAUACUUCACAUAUAUCUGAGUGGUCUGACUAUGUUAUCUAGAGGCCUAGCUAGUUAUCACAGUUGGGUUUUUUUUUUUUUUAAUAAGUUUCUUUUGGUAUUUUUCUUUAGUUUCUUACAAAAAAGCGGCCUCUUUGUUUGUGUUAUAAGUGAGAAUGGAAGUUCUCCUAUUGGCAAACAAGAGUGCCUUGAAAGUUGAAGCUAUUACAUAUUUGUAUGUUAAGAAGCUGUCUUGUAUUGGUAAUAUUGCAAAUUGCCAUGACUGUUGUGCUACAAUACAAAAAGAAUUUUAUGCUUA